GCGCAGUUCUCCAUCUCUUCCUCACCAUUUCACGUCGUGGGCCAACUUCGUUUGAUCAUGUCUCUGAUCCACGCACUUGUAGCUGAAGGAUCCACCAUUUUGGCUGAGCACCAGGGCGGACAGAGGGAUUUCUCUCAAGCGACGCAGACCAUCUUGUCUAAGAUCCCACCGAAUAACAGCAAACUCACUUAUGUCUGGGAGCAAUACUUGUUCCACUAUAUCUCGGAGGGCGGAUUUACUUACCUCGUAAUGGCGGACGACGCUGCUGGACGACGAAUGCCAUUCACGUUCCUAGCCGAGUUGCAGCAGAAAUUCAUUGCGUACCCAGCAGCGUCGUCCUCAUCCACGUCAGAUCCACCAGCAUAUUCGCUACAAGGCUCCUUCGGCCCUGUAAUCGCCCAGCUCAUGACGCAAUACAACACCAACCCACCGACUGACGAGCUCACCCGUGCGCAAACUGAGCUCGCCCAGGUCAAGGACAUCAUGGUCCAGAAUGUCGAGCAGAUCCUGUCUCGGGGGGAGCGCAUUGAGCUGCUUGUCGACAAGACAGACACGAUGGCAAGCCAGGCGACUGCGUUCAGACGAGGCGCCAGGCAGGUGCGCCGCAGCAUGUGGUGGAAGAACACACGCAUCUUGGCGCUGAGUGUUGUGGUCGGUUUGGUGCUUCUGUGGGUGUUCGCGGCCCAGUUCUGCGGUGCAGGUCUCAACCAGUGCGGGGCCAAGUGACCUCUGCUCUGGAGAUCCAGACAUAGACCUAGACACUUACGAUUGACUACCGUACUCGGUGCACCUAUCUCGAUGUCCUUCCUGACCUUUGCCCACAAGCUGUAUGUUAGUAUGCUCUCUCACCGUAGUUUGAUCGCUCCACGUGUAUUUUAUCCACCUAGUAUCGAUCUACGGGUCGAUCACUUCUGUUAGCUCAGUUCCCGUCGUCAUGCGAAGUAGAAGCGCCAUUACGCCUCGGGAAACCUCUAUCCG